GGAGCUGUGUCGCAAAGAAAAUAUACAGUUCCACACAUACACAGUCAGAGAGAAAUCCUAACGGUAGUCCUAAAGAGACUAGUAAAGGUACCUGAAAAAACAAUUAUGAACAACAUAAGGAGUCAGAGACUAACUCCUCUAAAUUGCACCGAAAUACCUACUCAAUACCUACUCACACUAAAUACCCCAUUAACCGAGUAACCUUCGCACCAGAAACGACCCUAGCGAAAGUCAACCAGGUAAGGUUUAUUGGAAACCUAAAAGUAUACUGGGAAAAGUUAGAAUCCAAAAAACCAACCAUACAAUGUUACCGCUGUCAGGCACACGGACACUCAUCCAUAAACUGUAAUAAGAAGGCAAUGUGCGUCAAAUGCGCGGGACCCUACGGUUCAAAAAAGUGCACUAAGCCCCUCGAGAUACCACCUAUGUGCACAAAUUGCAAAGGCAGCCACCCAGCUAAUUAUUCCAAAUGUCCGGCAUUUCUAGCAUUCCUCGCCAAGAGAGAUGCAAUACCUCCCAUCUCCACAAGCCUUUCCUACUUUAAGAAAACCUCCAUAUCUAGAUUUAUUCUUAAGGAUAAUCGAGCUGAUGCAAAAGCAUUAUAUGAAAUGCACAAACAACUUAGACCGAGUCAAAGCAACUAUACAGAUCGUAAAAGAGCUGGAAGCUGGCUCUUAAACAUCAAACCACUGCUAUGGAAUACUACUAGCAUCCAAAACAAAAAACAAGAGGUCCAAAAAUUUCUAGAAGACCAUCUCAUAGAUAUUGUAUUAAUAACAGAAACCUGGUUAACCCCAGGAAUACGCAUCCCUAUUCAGGGAUCAAAUAUUCAGAAAAGACAGAACACAUAA